AUGACAAACUCUCUUGCCAUCUUGCAUCAUGACAUGACUACUGUCAUGAAAGACGUUGCUGAUAUCAAAGCAAAAACUUUGAACACUCCUGUAUCUGCUGUUUUUGCAGAGUCAGCCGAUGGCUUUAGUGCAUGCUGUUGCUCCUGUGAGCAUGGAAAUGAAUUAAAUUAUAUCUUUAAUAGCUUACCAAGAUUCAAUAGAGACUUCUUCGGGAGCGUUUGUGGGACCCUAAGUUCAAGUCAAAACAUUUGGCUGGAAUUCAAGCCAAGGUGGAACACAGCUGUCAACUUCAACCAGUCGCCAACCACUGAGUUGACAGAAAACCUCGUUACCUACUUGGAAAGAAAUUUUGUAGGAGCAGGACUGAGAAAAAGUGAUGUCCGUGACUUUGUCUACAUGAAUUUCACUAGCAAAAAGCGUGCAGCUAAUAAGUCUCAGGCUAAAAAAAAGUCAGACAAUGCUCGCAACAGAAAGAGUAGCCACGAAAAGGAGCACUUGAAACGUUGCAAAACAGCGUACCAGUCUAACAAGACUGCUAUUAAUGACGAGAUGAAAAGAGAUUGCUCUGGUCUCAUUAUAGAAGAGGCUAUGUCUGUUGGUGAGUCAGACGAUGUCACUUCGCCUCAUGUUUCUUAUAGUGCGCUUUGUCUUCGUCAUCCAGGUUGGAGAAGUGAUGAGUACAACCACUUCAUCACACUUGUUGACAACAAAGUGGUAGCUGAUUUAGGCUUAAAUAGCCAUCAAUUGCGGUCACGUGCUUUUGGCGAAACCGUUGAAGGAUCAGUCCCUGAUGCAAUUGUGUCACAGUUUCCUCAGUGGGCUCUUAGAAACGGGCCCUAA